GAGAGCGCGAGCGCACGCGGAGCUGUGGCUGCAGCCGCGUCACCGCUGGGCUGCGUUUACGACGCAAAGCACACGAGCGGCACAUCCUCGGCAGAUACGAACAGGCGCGCACCCGCCUUCAAACGCACAACCAUUUACGCGCAGUGUGUCUGAGCCUGCGAGGCUUCUCCGUUUGACUCCUUCCUCCCGGUGACCGUCGGUUAAUCGUUUAAUAUCGAGGGCAGCUGCAGCGGGGGUGAGACCGAGGAGCCUCCGGCCGGUGAGGCGAUUCCGGGAACCCCCACCACUCAAAAUACGACGCACGCGACGCCGCCGCGCGGCUGCUGGGAUCUCGAACGGCCCGUUAGCCUCCGGUCCCGUCUCCAUUCAGCAGCGCUGCACGUAGCCGUGGGAGAACCCGAGAGCAUCCCUCCAUCCCACCCAGCCUAUCCCCACCCCCCUCCCCUCUUUCUCUCCCCCCCUCUCUCUCUCGCUUUCAGCCCCUCUGGACCCGUGCUAUGCCGGAGCUCUAGGGGAGAGAGGAGGGGGGGUCUCAUCAAGCCAGGGACCUGGGGGGGUGGGAGGAAGGAGGCUUUUCGUGGCCGGGGUGUAGACGUACCCUCCGCGUGGCGAGGCGCCUCUGUAUCGGAGGAUGCUGGAAUAGAGCGGCCGAGCGCGGAAGAUGGGAAAGGACCAGGAACUGCUGCAGGCGGUGAAGACCGAGGACCUGCUCACCGUGCAGAAGCUGCUGCAGAGGCCCCGGCCAGGGAAAGCAAAGCUCCUCGGGUCUGCAAAGAAAGUGAAUGUCAACUUCCAGGAUACAGAUGGGUUUUCUCCGCUGCAUCAUGCUGCCCUUAAUGGGAACCUGGAGCUCAUCUCUCUGCUGCUGGAGUCACAGGCUGCUGUCGACAUCAGAGACCAGAAAGGUAUGCGGCCGCUGCACUACGCAGCCUGGCAGGGGAAGGCAGAGCCCAUGAAGAUGCUGCUGAAAUCGGGUUCGUCUGUCAACGGCCAAUCAGACGAAGGACAAAUUCCUCUCCACUUGUCAGCACAGCACGGCCACUAUGAUGUGUCUGAGAUGCUGCUGCAGCACCAGUCCAACCCGUGCAUCGUGGAUAACGCAGGGAAAACCCCUCUGGACCUGGCCUGUGAGUUCGGCAGAGUUGGGGUGGUCCAGUUGUUGCUGUCUAGUAACAUGUGCGCUGCUUUGCUGGAGCCCAAAAAAGGAGACACGACCGACCCUAAUGGGACGUCUCCGCUGCAUCUAGCUGCUAAGAAUGGACACAUAGACAUCAUCAGGCUGCUGAUCCAGGCUGGCAUCGACAUAAACAGGCAGACCAAAGCAGGCACUGCCCUGCAUGAAGCUGCCCUCUGUGGAAAGACUGAAGCAGUGAGACUCCUGCUGGAGAGUGGUAUCAAUGCCACUGUGAGAAACACGUACAGCCAGACUGCGCUGGACAUCGUCUACCAGUUCACUGCAACACAAGCCAGCAAAGAGAUCAAACAACUGCUGAGGGAUGCGUCUGCAGCCCUUCAGGUUCGAGCUCUGAAGGAUUACUGCAACAACUAUGACCUGACCAGCCUCAACAUCAAAGCAGGAGAUGUCAUUACGGUUUUGGAGCAGCACCCCGACGGACGCUGGAAAGGCUGUAUCCAUGACAACCGGACAGGAAAUGACCGCGUGGGCUACUUUCCAUCCACCAUGGUGGAGGUCAUCAGCAAACGCACAGGUUUGGCCAGCACAGUCAUUUGCACUCAACAGUUUCAAAAGAUACCGCUGGUUGCCCCGGCGACGGUUGCCCCUGCCAACGCAGUAGUCAACGGCAACGACACCACGUUCCAUCAGAUCCAUAUCCUGCCUCCACCGCCUCCUCCUCCACCACAUUCCCAUCAGCCACUGCUUCCACUUUUCACUUCCUUUGGCUAUAACAGGUCACCCGUGACAAGCCCACAGGGAGACACACCUACUGCCCCAGGUUGUCGCGGCUCAGAGGCAAGUCCUCAAAGUUCUCCUACCCCAUCCAGCGGGCCCCAUGGAGGCUCCAAUGAAGAGAUCUGGGUACUGCGCAAGCCUGUGGCAGGUGGAGAUCGCAGCAGCGUCGGUAGUUCCGGCAGUGUAACCAGUGUGAGGUCAUCAGGCAGUGGGCAGAGUGCUGGCAGCGCUGCACACAUCCUCCACGCACAGGCUGAGGGGGUUAAGCUUUUAGCCACCGUCUUGUCUCAGUCUGCCAAAGCGAAGGAGCAUCUGAUGGAGCAAUCCAAGUCUGUGGAUCAGCCUCCAGGCUCUGCCAGCUCCUCUCGGACAUCGAGCCAAUCAGGCUGUCCACUCCACGAAGCGCCGCCUUAUGAUGCCACGGCAACCAGGAAGGGGGAGGGUCCAUCCGAGGGGAAGAGCUCAGAGGCCGUUGUCCAAUGGCUGAGCGACUUUCAGCUGCAGGUCUACGCUCCAAACUUCCUGGGCGCUGGGUAUGACUUGCCCACCAUUAGCCGAAUGACCCCGGAGGAUCUGACUGCGAUUGGAAUAACUAAACCAGGUCACAGAAAGAAGAUAACAUCAGAGAUUAACAAGCUAAGUGUUACAGAGUGGCUGCCUGAGCAUAAACCUGCUAGCCUAGGAGAAUGGCUAUCUUCUAUUGGUCUAAGCCAGUACCACCAGAUGUUAGUGCAGAACGGUUACGAGAACAUCGACUUCAUCACGGACAUCACUUGGGAAGACCUGCAGGAAAUAGGCAUCACCAAACUGGGCCACCAGAAAAAGCUAAUGCUGGCGGUGAAGCGGCUGGCUGAAAUGCAGCGCAGUUCAGAUGGGCGGGGCUCCCUCCGAAAGAAGCCCCCACCAAUCACACAGCAGCAGGAAGUCAUGUCGAUGGAUAGUCCCCCCCCAGAUGAGGUCAUGUCUCCCAAAAUGAGCACCUUCCAGGACAGCGAGCUGAGCACUGAGCUACAGAGUGCAAUGACCCAGCCAGUUCAGGAGGUCAAAUCUCAGCGAACACGCAGCCUCAGCAAAGACCACGAUGAGGUGCUUACAGGCGGAGGAGGAGGUGGCGGUGGGCCACCUAAGAAGGAGGCCCGGACUAUGAGGCAGCAGAGCAGCCAGGGAAGCACGUCCUCUCACCGAGGCAGUGUAUCCUCACAAGGCAAACAUCGUCACUCUCAUUCUCACUCGCAGCCUGCGCCUCCCUACACACCCCCACACACUCCUACCAAGACCAGGACCUCUUCCUCCUCUUCAACAUCAUCUGUGCAGAGCACGUCUUCCCCACAGGCCAAGCCCAAGCCGUCCCCACAGUUCAUCCAGGGGGAAAGACCUCAGUCACCGCGCUCACAUCCUCCUCAGUCUCCAACCCAUCGCGGAGCCCCGUGUCAGCUUCAGCCCCAGCAGCAGCAACCUCAAAUGCAGCCGCAGCACCAGGCUCACCCUCACCCUCACCCUCAACACCACCCACAGAUGCAGGCGAUGGAGGUCAGGGAGAGUCAGCAAGUCCCAGUCCUCUGUCUGCCACCAGAGGCAGAGUUAGCAGAGGAAGAAGGACCAAAGAACUCAUCUGUCCAGAAUAAACGCGCUCACACGCUCAACCGAUACGCUGUCUCAGAUAGCGAGUGUGAUGAGAGAGCAGGAGGAAGAGGAGGGGGUGGAGGAGAAGCAGAAGCUGACGUUGUAAGCCAGAGCUCAGCCGCUGUGAGAGGGGAGGGAGGGAAAUACGCCACAGUAACACACCGAGUCAGCCGUAGCCACUCCGUACGCAAUCAGGAAAAGGGCGCCAACCGAAACCAGAGCCAGUCGUUUGCUCUCCGUCAGAAGAAAAAAGGCCCACCCCCACCGCCGCCCAAACGCUCCAGCUCAGCCAUCUCCACCUCCAACUCCAACCUGACAGAUGCCAACACACAGCCGAAUACGCUCACCACUACUGGGGGGAUGCUGGAUGUGCCUUACUACCAACAACGGCGAGCCAGCGACCUGGGGGUGUCCGUGGAGACAGCUGCCGUGGAGACGAGCAGCGUUGGCAGUGUGAGGAGCAUUGCCGCCAUGUUAGAGAUGUCUUCUAUAGGGGGAGGAGCCAAAGGCAUGGCAUUGCAGAAGAACUUUUUGCAGGUGGGAAAAACACGUGAUGCCAUUGGUCUGGAUGGCGAGGUGGUAAACCGACGACGGACCAUCAGCGGCCCCGUCAGUGAGCUUGUGGCUGCUGCAAGGCGCGACCAGCCAACUCCUUUGACUUUCCCCUCUCCCUCCACCCAGCCUGAAUCCUCCCCUCCUCCUGUUAAUUCCUCCUCACCCCAACCUCCAUCCUCACCCCACCCCAGCUCAGGAGGCAGUGGCAGCUCUUCAGAGAAUCUGCCUUUUGCAGAGGAGGGAAGUCUGACCAUCCGCCGCCAAGGUCGAGGAGAAGGAGAAGGACAGUGUGUAUUUUGUGUAUGUCUGCAGGGUGACGGCGAGGGUCACCAGGGAGACAGCAGCUACACCCAGGAGGACAUCUCCAAUGUUGAAGCCACGGCGACCUUAAAACGACGACCCCGCAGUUCCAAGCCCCACACCAACGGCUCUGACUUCACCCUUCAAGAGUCAUCCACCGUCAAGCGACGACCCAAGAGCCGCGACAAAGAGCCCGAGGGCUACGCAGACCUGGCCACAGCCAACGGGGAGCCUGCGAACACCGGGCAGCCAAACACCACGCAGCCAGUUCCCUACCAGAACGGCACAGCCACAGUGAAACGCCGCCCAGUGUCUGAUGCUGGAGUGAUCGAGCAACCGCAACCCCAACCUCAACCUCAAACACAACCGCAAGUGACUGCUGCUCCUCGCAGGGACAGCUUGGACCAAGGAGCUCCAGUGGCAAAUGAAGGUGGUCCUGUGAGGAAACCAAAGCCUCCAGUCUCCCCAAAACCUGUAGUGGCACAGAUAAAGAGACAGGGAGGACCUCAGACCCCACCGCAGCCUGUAUCCAACAAACGAGUACCCCUACCAGGUCCGGGGACACCUGGAAGUCCAGUGGAAGGAAAGAAGAUCCCUCCACCAGUUUCGCCCAAACCAGCGCCACCACCCACAGCGCCCAAACCAGCCAAGCUCAUCCACUCUGUAACUGGCCCCGCACUGUCGACCCCAGCCUCUGCCCCGGCCAAGCAGCACUCUGCAGUGGCCCGACAGACCAGUUCACCGCCCUCCUUCCCCCCAUCUAACACUCCCAGCCCGCCGAACGCCAAACCGACGAGCCCUUCCUCCCAGAGUCCCCACACGCCACAGACACCCACCACGCCACAGACACCUCAGACUCCUGCCACUCCCAGCCCAACCCCUCCGCCUGUCAAACCCCCACGAUCCUCCAUCGGGGGGGUGUCAGUGGACAGCGGGAUGUCAGGGGGCGGGGUCACGGCGCCAGCCGCCACGACAACAGAGUUCGGAGUGGAUUCAUUGGUGCACCAGAAGUUGGAGGAAACAAGCGCUUCGCUGGCUGCUGCUCUGCAAGCCGUGGAGGAUAAAAUACUACGACAGGAAGACUCUGUGGCCGAGCAGAAGACCACAGUUAGCAUCCUUGACGACAUCGGCAGCAUGUUUGAUGACCUCGCCGACCAGCUUGACGCCAUGUUGGAGUAACUACAGAAACCAGCCGGUGCGUCUCCUUAGCAACGCUGCAUCAGAAGUGACUCAGUUGGCACAACGGGCAACACGCCUCUCUAUCUCGCACCUUCUCCUCAUCCUUCUCUCUCUCAUCAUUCCCCUCCACCCCUCCCUGUCAUCCGUCCGUCGGUCUGUUGCUGCGCCAUUCCCCUCCUCUUCCUCUCGUCUCCUGAUGAUAAUGGAGCAGCACCGCAGGCCCGGACAGACUUGGCAAGAGAAGGAGAGAGCAAGAAAGAGGAAUAGAUAGAGAGACUAAAAGAGAAAUGUUGAUUGGGGAAAGGACCAAAGACAAGUGAUGGAGGAGAGAAAAUAGAAAAAACACACACAAAUGACGAGAGAUGAAGAAAUGCAACAAAAAGGAGGAGACUGCAAUCAAAAUGUGAGUCUUUAAAGAACUCUUCUGCUCAAAGCGAGCAAAGAAACAAAACCAAUACAGAAUGAAAAACCAACUGUGUAAUGAAUCAUAGUAUGGUAUGUGUACAUUAUAAGCAUGGAGAGUUUAUAUCUACUGAAAAAGUCCUGCAUUAGCACAGUAAUAUAUAAUAUACCGAUAAAUAUGAAUCUUUAGCUCUUUGGUUUGAUGUCUUGGUUCUGUGUGGAAUGGUGACCUCUGGUGUUGUGAUGAUGUAAAUGACUUGAUGGAUUUUUGUUUUGUUUUGUUUUUUAUCCGUGACCAAAACGAGACUAUUCAGCUCCUGAGGUGUGUGUGUGUGUGUGUGUGUGUGUGUGUGUGUGUUGUGUGUGUGUGUGUGUGUGUGUGUGUGUGUUGUGUGCACGCGAGAGAGAGAAGGAGAGCAAUAGGAACAGGGUGGUAGAUGUAUGCAUGUGAGUGUUUCAGGAUCAGAUUCUGUUUCCUGUCCUGGCUGCAUCUCUGCCACAUCUUCGUCAUCACCCUGUACACACACACACACACACACACACACACACACACAGACACAGGAGAAGCACAAUGCAGUCAGAUUGAUUACAGACACACACACACACACACACACACACACACACACACACACACACACACACACGUGUACACAAGGGAGCGUGCACAAUUAAUAAAUAAAAUAAAAAGAGAGAAGGGGAGGGAGAAAACAAAAGCAAGUGUACAGCAGGUUGUGUUUGGGACAAAGUAGGUCAAAUUCAUUUUGGAAACAGUUUGGAAAGGAUUUAACCAUAAGAGGUCGAAGCCACCAUUGGUGAACAUAGAAUACAUGAUUAGAGGCGGGUUAGGGCUUCCACCUACGAUGGCUUAUACCUCAGAGAGCUAAAGGGGUUACAUGCAUUUUGUGAGGUAAGGUAAAGGCAGUAGAGUCAGGCAACUGAGCAAAGCUUAAACUGGUCUUAGCUGCUUCUAAGUACUUUGCACAGUGCAGCACAAGCACCACAGUGAAGCUGAACAUCUAGAGAGACAAAGCUUUGCCACAAACUCAACUCAGCUCAAUGAAAAACUUGUUCUGACUAAAGAGAUAUUGCAAAAAAUUUCAGGUUUCCCAAUGUGUUUAAUUUUCAGCUUUGUGCAAUGGUUGCUACAGAGCACCUGAUACCAUUUUUGGGCCUAUUUGGAGUCCCUGUGCAUUCUAUCUGUCCAAUGCAGAGUCAGAGUAGAGUCUAUAGAGGUUUUUUCCAACACUUAUUAACUGAAAAAACUAAAAACAAGUAUUUGAAAACAGAUCUCAAUAUGUCAUUUAUAAAUGCCCCCACAGCAUGAUACUGCCACCGCCGUGCUUCGUGCUGUGAAUUGUGAUUAUUGAUUAUGACGAGUGUUUUACUCCCCGGGCCAAGCUUCUUCCAGCUGUUUCUCUCCUCUCUGAUCUUAAUGUGUGAAUUCUACUUCACGCCUUCUCACUCAGUCUGAAGCCAUCAGAUUUACAGCUGUAUUGAACUUCCAAGGACUUUCUGUGACUCAACAACAUCCUUGUGUCCGUAGCCCUUUUACAUAGCAGACACGCCACAGCGGGAAAAGCAAAAGUGUAAAUGGAACUACAUUUAAAUGUACCUGUAAAGUCAAUUACACAAAGGUGUUUUCAUUCGAUCUAGAUAUUUGAUUAAACUGUCUGCUAUUAAAGCCUCUUUUUCUUUUGAUAAAACCUAUAUAAAAACUACUUUGAUUCACUGUGUUGGCCAAUAAAAAAAGAUACAGUCUAGCUGAGUCUGCAGACUGCCUUUAGUCAAUGAUUUUCCACUGAAUUCCUAAUAUUCAUGACAAAAUACCUGCAUUUAACCUGUUAAGAAGGUCUUAAGGUACUACUCCUUUACUAAGAUAACACGCUCCCUUCCACUGACAACCUUUCUAUUGCUGUUGUCCCACACACUCCCAAACACCCACCCUAUGUUGCCAUGACAAUCUACAUCACCACCAUUGUAAUCGGCAUUACCAUGGUUACUACACGGUGCGAUCACACCGUGUACAUGGGAUGAAAAUAUAAAAAGUAUUCGAUUGGAGCAAGUGGCGGCAGAGAUCUGUGAAGCCUGGUGGUUUGUUUCGAGUGCAGCUCCUCAAACCAGAAGUUGGCGCAAUACUGAGAUUCUAACUGUACCUCUGCCCAUUAAGAAAAUCAAGGUUUCACAGUACGUUAGCAGCCACACUGUUUAUAUAAAUGAAUAAGAACUCAGAGAAUAGUUGUGGUAUUUAAAUUACGAUCACAUAGAGAUUAUAUAUAUAUGGAUAUUUGAAAAAAAUAUAUAAGAAGAAGUGUAUUUAUGAGUGUGUUUCAUUCUGAAGACUAUUUUUAAAGUAAACAGAUCUAAUCUGAGUGUUGAAUCAGUUUGCUUCUUCAUGCUUAAGUGGUCUGAGCUGAUGAACCAUUGUAGGAUAACAUGUUGGGAUGUUUCCAGGAAGUGUUCUUUUAUUAUUAUUAUUAAUAUUAUUACUAUUAUUUUGUAUUGUUUUUUUCUGCGCCUACAUGUGUACAUGUGUCCUGGUGUGGCGAUGUGUAUAGUAUAAGCAAUUCUUGUUCAGUUUUGUUAUCUUUUGUAUAGUUUUAAAUGUCUUUGUUUUUCUUUGAAACAUGUGCCUUGCUUUGUGAUUUUGGUCUGACUUCAAUACAGUAGAUGGAUAUGUAUAAUAUAAGGGCAUCACUCUCUUUUUCCAGUUUGCCAUCUUACUUGAUAUCUUGGUAUGAAAAUUAUGCUGCCCUCCCCAGCACCACAGAGUUGUGAUUUUUAAUCCAUAAACUCAGCCGACUGAAAUGAAACGUUCAGUUACUAGCAUAACCCUGGUUCUCUGAAAACCAGGAGAGGCAUUUCACUCUAGGAAGCACCCUCAUGGAAGCUCCGCUACCACUGCAUCAUUCUAAAGACAGACCAAUCACUUCAAGGAUAUGGGUCCCCCCCAACCCCUUUUGUAAUAGCCCCUGGCACCACACCAGAUACAGAAAUCAGUGUGCAGUUGGCUUGGAUGACAGAAAAUCUUCUACUUCUCCUGCUUUUGUGAAGAAAUAUGUUGUGGAUCUGUUGUGUUAGCAUGUUAAGUUUUACAUUAUCACAAUGUUUAAGAACGUUUUAGAAAAUAAACAUGGUUCUACCCAGUUAGCUGAGAGGAUCAAUGCCACUUUCAGAGUGAAGCCACAGAUACCAGCUGGUUAGUUAAGGUUUGCUUAAAAUUAAAGGACUGAAAACUCUCUGGAAAAGCUAGCUAGCUUCCCAGGGAAUAUUUUAUUUGUUUAAUUUGUACAAAAAUCGAUGUGUGAUAUCUACAGUUAUCUUCUGACAUAGCAGGAGUAGUUCUCUUCUUACAGUUUACAUUCAUAGUGCUAAGCUAAGCUAAACAGAAAACCACAGUCUCACAUGUUGUCCUCUCAAUUUGAACUCAUUAAAAGAAGAUAAGCAUAUAAACUGGUUAUAAAGACUGAACAAUGAGACAUAAGUUCAAGUUCGACUUUGCCCGAGACUCUUUGGUUUUCAUUCCAGCUAAAACUUUAGUGUAAGAAAUUUGCUAACCGCAGCUAACAACCAGUCGGAGGUAGUUUCAUGCUGAGUGUAACUAUCUCCAGGUCGAUGAUCGUUAACUUUUUUGUUGUCUAUGUUUUUUCUAAUUACAUAAUUGAAAUUUUAAACUUGUGCAAGACUGUUAAGAGUUUGUGAUAUUUUGCAUCAAAUGUACGCUGUGUAAAAAAUGUUUGCUUAAUUAUGCUAACCGUUAGCUGAAGGUAGUUCUGCUAAGCUACGCCAUGAGAGUGGUAUCAAUCUUCUGAUCUAGCUUUGAGUGAAAAAUCUAUCCCAACCCACUAUAUCCCUCAAAACAUGGACAACAAGAAAUAGUCCUAUCAUAAACAGUAAUGGCUCAAUUUCUUUUACAUCUUCUAAAGAUGUGGCUUAAGCACAUAAAUAUUUCUGAACUCCCUUAGCUUAGUUAAGUAAAUUGUUACUGAAAGUGAUUGAGCCAGCUGUCACCAGAUGUGUAGGUGCAUAUUUAUAUGAAAUUUAAUUUCUUCAUUUUUUCCCCUUGAGUUAUUUUUACCUUGUGUUUAAUCUGGUACCAAACUGUCCUCUGUUAGACAUUGUGGUGACAGAUGCUUGGUGGUCUGACCUUUGAGGGUUGGCUGUACUGUGUGCAGCUUACAGCUGAGACGCUUUCGCUUUUUCAUCCGCCAUCAUAUCAGAGAUAAAGGUUUGCCUUUUUAAAUCCUUCCUUAGGUUUCAUUUUGGUCAUCCUUCAUAUCGUAGGAAUUAUUCUGAAGUGUGUUUUGGUACUUGGGCGUUGGGGUGAGGCUACUAAGGUGAAAAAAAAACCACACACAGAUGGUCAAAUAAGCUGUGGAGAAAAAGUACUUUUCAUCCCUUGUUCUUCUUAACAAAAGAUGAAGCCAAACUGUUUUUAUUUGAUUUUCCGCCUGUGCUUAUCUGAAUAGACACCCGAGUGGUGUCUCCUCUGCUCUGCAGCGACUGUAUGCGAAUGCUUGAGAGAGUGUAUCAUGUGUUGCUCUGCUAUUGACUGUGUGAAAUCUGUGUGUGUGGGAGUGCGUGUGUGUUGUAGUGACUGGACAGUGGUGUGCUUGCAGUGACUGCAUCUUAUGGCCAUCUGCUCUGAAUAAAUAAAUGUUCUGUACAAACUU